AUUUUCCAUAAAACUGCCACGUCAUAUUAUGUUUCUUAUAAAAAGACAAAUCUUUUUCUGAGACCGUAGACAUAGUAGAAAUAUUAUACACGAAAAUACAUAUAUACUAAUUUUCUGUUAUCUUCCAAACUUCAAAACGUUUUCAAAGCUGUACACAAAUUGGGAUCGAAUGUACCGUAGCUAUACCCAUGCAUAUGGUUGCAUAUUUAAAACGAGCAAUUUGUGACUACUAUGAAUCCUCGAGGAAAGGAAAGAUGACCCUACCUGUUCUCUUCUUUUUGUGACAAAUAAAAAAUAAAUGAUUUAUUCUUUUUUCAACAAAGUUGCACGAAAACGAUGGACAUGUUUAAGAGCUGCACUAUAAAAAAGCACUAUAAAAAUAUUUUGUAAGCAGUUCCGACUGGUUUAUUUAUCAUGAAAGCACACAUGAACAUUUUUUAUAUUGCCUUAAUUUGAAUGCAAGCAUCGAAUAAUAUAAAUCAUGUUAGCAUUAAAAAAUACAUCUAAUAAUUUUCCGAUUUGUUAAUAUGAAAAAAAUAGUAAGGUAUGUAUACACAUGUGCAAAAUACUCUAAAAAAUGACAUCUGUCACUGUCACAAAUCAACGCAAUGUAAGACUAAGAUAAAAUCAAUGAUGUUAGAUUGCCCAUGCCUACAUCUGGUACUGCUAUAAUUUUUUCAUAUAAAACAUUAUUGUUCAUUUGCUAUCAGUGGGCGAUUUUCAGGAAGAGCUAUGGCAAUGAUGAAUAAAAUUGAAAGCAUUCUCUCGUGGUAACAAACAAUAUUCCUCCAUACGUAUUACUCCAUACAUUUAAUAUGUUCUUCGUAGUUUUGUAGGGGCUAUCAUUGCAGAUAUCAAAGGCGAGUAAAGAAUAUUUUACAGUUCCCUUUUUUUCACAAAAUUAGGGGGAAUAUGAAGGGAAUAUGACAGGUGUAUUUGAGAUCUGCAUGCAUGUAAAAAUAUUUUAUGAGCAACUCCCAUUGGUCGAUUUGUUAGAGAGUGCACUUGUUUGAACACCUCCCACAAUGCUCAAUCUUCACGCAGACAUCCAAUAGUAUAUUUUGCUCUCAUUGGAAGAUACAUUUAGCGGCAGUGUGUUUCUGUGAUUUUGCUUUAAAAAUAUUAGAUACUUUCUAAUGCACCAAUUUGAAUAUAACGAAGUGAAAAAAGAAAUAAAGAAUUAUGUCUCGUAAGAGCACAAUUAACCGUGUAAUAUUUAUGAUGCUUCCCUGGUUUGGUAUUUGUUCAAAUAAAUUGGUUCUUUUGAUCAGCAGAGUGUUUUGGAUUGUUACAAUAGCGUUUAUAGAAUUCUGUCACUAUCUUUAUUUUUCGAAGCAUUUAAGUUCAGACAAUUUUUUCAACUUGGUGGAUUGCCUGUGCAGCUUCCUGGCACAUGCAAAAGUAAUUGCUAAACUUAUUGCAUUCUGGAUAAAUCAACGAAAAUUUGCGGAGAUUUUGGCGUUAAUUACGGAUGAUUGGAAUGAUUGCGCUAAAAGUGACAUCAGCGUGCGUAUGGCGACAUACAAAGCGAAAAUAUCAGAUCGCAUCACAAAUGUGAUUCUUGUACUCUAUACAGUGACUAUCGUUGCGUAUUGUAUGGGAGUGAUUAUCGCCGAUGCCGAUAUUACUGAUAAAACAAUGGUCGAAUUGCCCUUUGUCAACAAAUUAGAGCUUCCAUUCAGCAUUAACACGCGGAAUAUGUAUAGGUCUGUGUUAAUUAUGGAGUUUCUACAUAUGAUUCUUUGUAAUUUGGCAGCUGGUACCGUGAAUGCCAUACUUUUGGCUAUGGUUCUACAUAUAGGCGGCCAAAUAGACAUUCUGCAAUACUGGUUGGCACAACUCACACCCGAAGAAAUAAAAAAUAAAGAAUUGUCAAUUGUUAUUGCAACAAAAAAAAUUAUUUUAAAGCAUCAAAAAAUUAUACAAUUCUCAGAAAACAUCGAAAGCUUAUAUACGCAAAUUGCAUUAGUGUUAUUCGCAUCAAACACAAUGUUGAUUUGUUCGCUGGGAUUUCUUAUUGUAACCGCAAUUGGUACUCCUGAUGUCAUGGAACAAAUUAUAAAAUGUCUUUUAUUCUUUACGACGACGAAUCUGGAGGCAUUCAUAUUUUGUUACGCCGGAGAAUAUCUGAACAAUAAGAGCAAACAAGUCGGAUUUGCAACAUAUAGUUGCGCAUGGUACAAUUUAAAACCUAAAGACAGUCGUAUUUUGUUAUUCAUAAUAUUAAGAUCCCAAAGGCAAUUAACGCUAACAGCUGGCAAAAUGAUGGAUCUCACAUUACAAUCAUUUGCAAGUAUCAUGAAUGCUUCGGGGUCCUACCUGUCAGUGUUACUGGCAAUGCAAUAA